GUCUGAUUGGCUCAGGUGCUGGAGAACAGCAUUCGGCGUGUUGUACAUUUACAUGUCCCCAAACGGAUUAAGUCUAAUUCUGUCGUAUGUCCUCUUGAGUGGAUUGUACUGAAAGCAAAACCCUUAAUUUCCGUUCUCUGCAAGUUAAUGGACAACAAGGUAUUUUUCUGCUCCUCCUUCUUUAGGUGUCAGAGCCUAAUCGACGGAUGCUCCCCCAACCCGUGUCUAGAAGGGUACAACUGUACCUUCUCCGGGGGCUCCAUCCACUGCGACCCUCUGCCCCAGGUGUACGCCGGACUGGGCUACAUCGAGAUAGUGGAGAUAUGUGCCAGCUUGAUGGGGGUUUUCUUCCUGGUCGGUGUCUUCGUCUGUGUCCGCAAACGUUAUGUCCAACAGAAGAAGAAACCUGUCUGUGUUCAGGACUCCAACGGUUACUUCCAACCCAGUCUGGCCAAAUCCAUGAUGGCCGACACUCCAAAAGUCAGCCCAAUAGAGAUGAACAUGCUGAUGGGCUCUGGUAACGACCUGGAUAACAUACACAGUCCCUUCAGAUCUCUGAGGCUUCACAGCCAGAUGGACCUGGGGCUGGGGUCCCAGGUAAGCCUAAGGGCCGGGAAGCAGAAGCCUCAAGGGCCCGUGGUGUGUAGUGUGGCCCCCAACCUCCCUCCUACACCUUCAUCCAUCUCUGACAAUGAGUCCAUCAGGAAACACCACUGGGAUCAGGAUUAUGAAGUCUACCCUGCUGAUCCUGACUACUACGGUCGACCCAACCCUGCGGUCCAAGAGUACCCCCAGGUCCAGGAGUUUCCCCAGUUCGACAUUGUGGAGGACACCUACGGCUCUGUGACCGCAUCAAUAGACUCACGUAGAAACUCUCGCUUCGGCGGAUUCCGUUUCCUCUGGAGCGCUCUGACCGCCGCGCUCCCUUACCCCCUGUUAUAG